CCUGCUAGUGGCUUGGGCUUGCGCAUGAGCACGCGCACGAAGUGUUAGCUGUGGGCUCUUGCACGCGAUUUUGCACGAGGUGAGACGCAGAAAGAUGGAGGAUUCGGAUCCAACUCCCGUCGCCACCUCAACCGCAACCUCAGACUCGACCUCAGCGACCCCAACCGCACUGGAACAGCUGGAUAAAGGGCAGAUCAGAAAGGCAGUGGAAGCUCUGUUGGCACAUUCCAGGUCCAGGAAAAACGGGAAUGGAUUACUUUUGAACGAGAAAGAAAAUUUCUUUUUAAUGGUGGUAUUAUGGAAAAUUCCAAGUAAAGAACUAAGGGUCAGAUUGUCCUUGCCUCAUGGUAUUCGAUCAGAUUUAGCAGAUGUUUGUUUAUUUACUAAGGACGAACCCAAUGUAACACCUGAAAAGACAGAAUGUUUUUAUAAGAAGCUUUUAAACAACCAUGGAAUUAAAACCAUUUCUCAGGUUAUCCCCUUCCGAACUUUAAAAAAGGAGUAUAAAGCCUACGAGGCCAAACUCCGCCUCCUGGGUAGUUUCGACCUCUUCCUUACUGAUGCAAGAAUCAGGCGGCUCUUACCCUCACACCUUGGGAGACAUUUUUAUAAGAGAAAGAAAGUUCCAGUACCUGUAAACCUUAAAGCCAAGAAUCUUUCCAAAGAGAUCAACGCAUCUAUAGGUGGAACUGUCUUAAAUAUCUCUAAAAGUGGUUCUUGCAGCACUAUACGCAUCGGUCAUACUGGAAUGCAGGCUCAGCACAUCACCGAAAACAUUGUUGCUGUGACGAAAAUGCUUUCACAGAAAUUGCCGGAGAAGUGGGAGAGUGUGAAACUUUUGUAUGUGAAAACUGAGAGAUCUGUUGCCCUUCCAGUUUUUUCUUCAUUUGUCAGCAGUCGGGAUGAAGCCAAAGGAGUGUACACUCCUAGUCAGAAGAAAAAAGAAGAAAAGAAAAUACAAAAGCGAAAAGAACAUAAUGAAAAACGAAAGGAGAAGAAAAGAAACAAAAAGCUAAUGAAACAGGCUAGCAAGGCUACAUCAGCCCCAACCACAGAGGUGGUGGCCGCUAAAACUAGUGGUCUUCCAGUAAAGGACCCCGGACCCCAGAAGAAAGAGACCCCGAAGCCUGAGAAGAAAGAGCCCUGCAGAGUAAAAGCCCCCCCAAAAGUGCAAGACGAAUCUGAAGAAGAAAUUCCAUUGCUGGUUCCAAUAGGAGAAACUCCCACCAAAGAAAACAUAGAAAUACAAAAACAUGCCACAGGAAAGAAGUCUCCAAAAAAGGGUCUUGGUCCCAGCACUACCCGUGGAAAGAAGAGAAAGUCCAUUGCAGUUUUGGAGACCCUAAAAGCAGCAGAGCCCAAGGGUCCAGGUAAAAACCCAGGGAAGAAGCCAAGAAUCAAAGAAGAGGUGGAGAAGGAGAGAAACUCUCAGUUGGGGAAAAAAGACCCAAGACAGACACCCAAAAAGCCAGAGGCCAAGUUCUUCACUACAGCUAAUAAAUCUGCGAGGAAAGCUACCCACACCCCCAAACAGUGGCCCAAAAAACCCAAAGUGCUCCUGUCAGCCUAAAGUCAUGACUGAACCAGGAGGAAACAUCAGGGCUGCCUGGGAAGCUUUGGGGAAAUACCAGGUCCUGUCACAACUUUCUCACAAGUGAGGCCUCAACUUAAAUGUGUUUAAAACCCUCACAAGUGAUUCCGAUGUGUGUUCGUCGUGGGUGUAAGAAACAGUAGUUUGAAUCCAUGUUUUAAAUUGCUCUUCUGUGUAUUUGCCAAUACGGUAGAAAAUAACAGUGCUUCUAUUAAAGUGUAACAUUUGCUACUGAGUAAA